AUGCCUGCCGACACUGUUGGAAAGGUGAUGCCCAAUGCUCCAGGAUCCCCAUGGGCUGCCGUUGCCUGGGAGGCUGGCAAGGACCUUUCGAUCGAAGACGUUGAAGUUGCUCCACCCAAAGCCCACGAAGUCCGCAUCCAGAUCUACUACACGGGAGUUUGUCACACAGAUGCGUAUACCCUUUCCGGGAAGGACCCGGAGGGCGCGUUCCCUGUCGUUCUGGGACACGAGGGCGCGGGUAUCGUCGAAUCAGUGGGUGAAGGUGUCACAUCCGUGAAGCCUGGGGAUCAUGUUGUUGCGCUCUACACCCCGGAAUGUAAAGAAUGCAAAUUCUGCAUUUCCGGCAAGACCAAUUUGUGCGGGAAGAUUCGGGCUACCCAGGGCAGAGGUGUGAUGCCAGACGGUACCUCGAGGUUCAAGUGCAAAGGCAAAGAUCUUCUGCAUUUCAUGGGCACUUCAACUUUCUCCCAGUACACGGUCGUCGCCGAUAUUUCCGUCGUGGCUAUCACCGAUAAGGCUCCGAUGGACCGCACAUGCUUGCUUGGCUGUGGCAUCACCACCGGCUACGGGGCAGCAGUGAUCACCGCCAACGUGGAGAAGGGCUCCAACGUUGCUAUUUUUGGCGCUGGCUGUGUUGGUCUUUCCGUCAUCCAAGGUGCCGUUAAGAACCAAGCGGGCAAGAUCAUUGUGGUUGACGUCAAUGACAAGAAGAAGGAAUGGGCUGAGAAGUUUGGCGCCACAGACUUUGUCAACCCGACUCAGCUGAACGGUCAGACCAUCCAGGAGAAGUUGAUUGAAAUGACAGAUGGUGGGUGCGACUACACCUUUGAUUGCACUGGAAACGUCCAAGUCAUGAGAGCUGCUCUUGAAGCAUGCCACAAGGGCUGGGGCCAAUCCAUCAUCAUUGGUGUUGCCCCUGCCGGCGCUGAAAUCUCCACGAGACCCUUCCAACUGGUCACGGGCCGUGUCUGGCGAGGCUGUGCGUUUGGCGGCGUGAAAGGUCGCACUCAACUUCCAGGACUUGUUAAAGAUUACAUGGAUGGAAAACUCAAAGUCAACGAGUUCAUUACGCAUCGCCAGCCUCUUGACAAAAUCAACGAUGCGUUCCAUGACAUGCAUGCUGGUGACUGCAUCCGAUGUGUAGUGGACAUGGGCGCAAAACAAGGGUGA